GAAGUGUGAUUGGCGGGGGCGUAGUCCAAUGGGCCCUGAAGGGUGAGCCUAGGGUACCUGCGCUGGGCCAGGCGGGAACCCAGGCGCCCUGGCUGAGGAGACGGGGAGCCGCGCGGCGGCCGACAUGUUCCAGGGUGCAGAGAGUGAGGCCGGACGGGCAAGCUCCAGGGCCAUGAAGCCCCCAGGAGGAGAAUCCAGCAAUCUUUUCGGAAGUGCGGAAGAAGCCGUUCCUUCGAGCAGACCUAACAGGAUGGCGUCGAAUAUUUUUGGACCAACUGAAGAACCUCAGCACCUGCCCAAGAGGACCAACCCCCCAGGGGGCAAAGGAAGUGGCAUCUUCGAGGAGCCGCCCCCUGUGCAGGCUCGGCAGCGCCUGAACCCGCCGGGUGGGAAGACCAGUGACAUUUUUGGGUCUCCGGUCACUACCACUUCGCCCUCGGCACAUCCGAACAAACCCAAGGACCACAUCCUCCUCCGAGAAGGAGAAGACCCGAGCCUGGACCCGAGAGCUGCAGCGGGAACCCCGUCCAGGGACGCGCCGCUGGACGAGAAAGGCCGCUCCCGAGAAGCUAACCAUGCCAAGGAGCCCGAGCCCGCACCCCAGGUCGACAGCCACGAGCCCCGGCUGGGGCCGCGGCCUCGCUCCCACAACAAGGUCCUGAACCCGCCAGGAGGCAAAUCCAGCAUCUCCUUCUACUGAGAGAAGCCCCUGCUCCCCUGUAGCGAGGCGGGAAAGUCCAGAGCCAGGGUAUCACACGUGGUCACUUCUUUCAGCCCAGAUGCGCGGGGUGGGGUGCAGGUCUGUCGGGGACGUGAGGCUGGCUGCUCAGGGGCUCGCUGCCCAGGGCCAGGGCAGCUGGCUGAGGCCGGCUUCCUGAUGGGACUUCGGGGAGUGACAGGACGGCCUGGCCAGCUCCCGGGGUGAGACGCCCACCCUAGGUCCUGCUACCCCGGGGACUGACAGGACAGCAGGACAGCCUGGCCAGCUCCCGGGGUGAGACACCCACCCUAGGUCCUGCUGCCCCGGGGACUGACAGGUCAGCAGGACGGCCUGGCCAGCUCCCGGGGUGAGACGCCCACCCUAGGUCCUGCUGCCCCGUUCCUGCUAGCCGGGCGGUUCCCACUCCAGAGGCGCCCGUGGCUGGGUUCCUGCGUCCCCUCCUCGUCCCUCGCCACACGCUGUCCCGCAGCUGCUCCUGAUACAUCUUGAUUGGGUUUCCUCGGCAGCUUCCAGCAAAGACCAGACACCGUCCUCUGUCUGCGUCUCCUGGAGGCCCUCGCUCCCCGAUCCUCUGAGCGCGGCCGGCCUCCCCGCGGGGCUGGUCGUGUUCCCUGCCCUGAGUCGUUCCUGCUUUUCUCUGGUCAGCCUUAGGUCUAGGCCUUCAUUCUUCACCAGGACGUGAACCGCUCCCUCCCUCACAAGCCAGGGCGCUUCCUCCAAGGCCCGUGGCUGCCACCGCCAGCUCCCGGAGCGUCUCCUGCCGUUGGGUGGUGGGAAGGAGGGGCUUGAGGACCUGGGCUCUCGGGGUGGCUUCCUCGCCGUCUGAGAAUGUCCUAAAGUGAGGCCACACCUGGGGACCGCGGCCCGGCCUGUCUGCAGCACCUCUCAGUCGGUCCCUCAGCUUCCCCAGAGCAGGAGGAGCCGCGUGGGCAGCCCUCGUGGAUCUGUGCAGGAGACCGGGGUCAGGUGUUUGCCAGCAGAGGUGCCGGGCCGGCCUGAGUCCCUCCCGGUCGGCCCAGAGGGCUGGGCGGUGUUCCUGCACAGCUGACACCAGGCCUAGAGAACUAAUUCAUGAUUAGGCUUCUGCAGAGCCGCGGCCGGGCUCGCCACACUCCCUGCACCCUGGCUGCUCAAGUGCCUGAGCCCAGGUUCCACUUCCUGUUCCUGGCACACCAAGGGGCCUGCACAGGCGUUGCCAACCAAAGACCAUUUCCUCCUUUUGGUGCCUCAAGACUUUAGAGCCAAGACACACUUAGCCUGCAGCCUAGAAGAGCUGCAGGAGGCUGGGUUCAGUCGUCUCUAAGAGCCUUGUGGGGCCGGGGAGGGCGUUUAAAUGGUGCUGAACUAGAAGCCCAAACACACUGGCUGGCUGGCUUACAGGGAACAGCCUGAUGGUGGGGAUGAAGUGUUGUUUGUAACAAAUUCCAAAUGGAUGCCCCCGCUCUCAGGCAGGGCACGGAUUCGCCCGGGGGGAAGCUGAGGUUUUGGGGGAGGGGGAGGGGUCUAGGAGCCGCAGCCGUGGAAGAUGUCUCAGCUGGCACUGCCUGUACUUGGAAGUGGAAUGACCGUUAGCAUCCUCUGCUCGACGUCUGAGCUGCGUUACACUAGUCUGUAUUCUUAUUAAGCCUUAAAACUUUGUAAGUGCAUUUGGUGCCAACAUUUUUUAGAGCUGUAUCAAAACAACAAAAAACCUGUACUUAACAUCGCAGUGUAAUUUUGAUAGGAACACUUUGUUAUUUUUACAAGGCAGGAUUGGGUGUAGCCGUGGGAUUAAACUUAGCAGUCACGUG